ACUAAAUGGGUCCACUAGCGCUCAGUAAUUGAUUAAGAUACGCAUUCUUGACUUUAUUUUCAUUGCUUGUUAUUUCUUGGAUAUUCAGUGGACUUCUUUUUAUAUUUUGUUGAAUUUUGUUACAAUGGAUUCAACUUUACGUGAACAAGUUAUGAUAAAUCAAUUUGUGCUAGCUGCAGGAUGUGCUCAAGAACAAGCUAAACAACUAUUGCAAGCUGCACAUUGGCAAUUUGAGACAGCAUUAUCAAUAUUUUUCCAAGAAGUGGCUAUACCUACUGGAGCUAAUGGAAUUGCAGCCCCACACUACCGUCAGCAAUUGAUGACGCCAUGUAAUACUCCAGCGACACCUCCUAACUUUCCUGAUGCACUAGCUGCAUUUUCACGACUGUCUACGACGGGCAGCCCAAACAAUGCAGGCGGCACUGGUUGUGGAGGCGCGGCAGCGCCGCCCGUGUCCCCGCUCGCUACACACCCACCACCGCCACCAACACCACAUAUGCAAAUGAACAUGUUUCCUGGCAAUCCAAAUCCUCAGACAAAUUAUUCGUCAAUUUCCCGUUCAACUGCUAUGUGCAGCGAAAACAUGCCAAGAUAAAUUUGACGGUAUUAGUUUAGGAGCAUCUAUAAUUUAUUUUUCUAAUGGUGCGCAAUGUGAGCUGUGGAAUUGUGUAUGAAAUGUAUAUUACUUUAGUAAACACCCUAUAGCAGCGAUGGUUUGCUGGACAAUAUUUGGGGUGCUGUACUGUAGUCAAUCAUGUUAAAUUUAUUACAAAAUAUUG